AUGCCAUCUACACUAGAGAAGCUCCCAGAGCUCAACAUUCCUCCAUCCAAGCAUAUCGUCGAUGUAGCGAUCAUCGAUACCACAGCCCAUGGAGGGAAACUCCCAGUCGCAGCGUUCAUGCACCCAGCUAUGCCGGGAUUUGACAUGCUGGACGCACCGUGCUACGCCUUCUUGAUCAAGCACAGCAACCCUGAAAAGACAAGCAAGGACGAUCAAUUAAUUUUUGACCUUGGUGUUCGCAAGGAUUGGAGGGAGAAUGGUCCGAAGGCUAUAGUUGAAAGGAUCGAUGCCUUCGGAGCUGAAGUCACAGUCAAGCAAGACGUGAUCGAUAUUCUCCGCGAGCAUGGAGACGAUCCCAAGAAGAUUGGCGGGAUCAUCUGGAGUCAUCACCACUUUGACCACACCGGCAACCCGUCGACCUUCCCAGGGACGACAGAUCUUAUCGUCGGACCCGGCUUCAAGUCUCAGUUUGUGCCUGGAUACCCAACAGUUCCCGAUAGUGAAGUCGAUGAAGGUGCCUGGGAGGGUAGAGUAUUGCGAGAAAUCGAUUUCGUCGCGGAGGGCAAAGGCCUCAAGCUUGGCCGGUACGAUGCAUUUGAUUUCUAUGGAGAUGGCAGUUUCUACCUCGUCGACUCGCCAGGCCACGCUACAGGCCACAUGUGUGCUUUAGCACGAGUCUCAGCGGAGCCAGCAGAAUUCAUCCUGAUGGGAGGAGACAUUGCGCACCACGGAGGCGAGUUCAGGCCAACGAAGUGGCUUCCUCUGCCUGGAGAGAUCAACCCCAACCCGCUCGUUGCCCCUUAUGCGAAACAUGCUCCGGUGUGCCUGGGUGCUCUGUUCGAGGCCAUCCAUCCCCAAAAGAGCUCCACUGAGCCUUUCAUGCAGCCAAUUGGUCCGGUCCAUGAUGAUGCGGAGCAGGUGGUCAUCAGUCUGGCCAACUUCCAGGAGUUCGAUGCACAUCCCAACGUCUUUGCGGUCAUCGCUCACGACGCGCAUUUGCUCGAUGUCGUCGACUUCUAUCCGAAGUUCGCGAAUGAUUGGAAGCAGAAAGACUGGAAUGAGCAGGGUAGGUGGCGAUUCUUGAGAGAUUAUGAUACCUCACAGAAAACUUGA